AUUUUAAAGAAAUCUUUAUUUUUGAGUAAAAUACACUGAAAGAAAUUCAAAACAAGGAGUUAUUUGAUCAUUAAAACUUCUAGGUUUUAUUUUGACAUUUUUGUUCGGAAAAAGGAAAAUGGCUGCCGACGACGCAGAUCCAAACUUCUACUUUUUAUUCUAGACAAGUGAUUGGUGUAAUUAAUACUUCUGAAUCUUAUUACGUAUGCUGUAAUUUUUCUUUUAAAUAUUGAUAGACUAUAACAAUACUUGUGAAGAAUAUUUAGUCCUAGAUUGUUUCAUUGGGAUUAUAUUCAAUAACCCACAAGUUACAAAAACGAUAUGGCGGACUGAUUAUUGACCAAUGGGAAGAGAGCUUCGAGCGUUUCAGAAUUGCAUGUACCUAUUCACAUUUCGCGUCAUUACGAUUUUGGUGCCUUCUUUCUUUGAUAAAAUUUGAGUAGUACUUGUCUGUUAUCAGUGAACUGCCUUGUUAUUAAUUAACUGUGGAAAAAAAUUGUGUGAAUUGUGUUAUAAAAGUUAUGACAUUAAGUUUGUAGUACGCAUCUCAAACGGCUGGGAUCAUGAAUGCUAUAGAUUUAAGAUGAAUCUAAAUACAAUUAGAUACAUGGUUUUGUUGUUGUAAACAAGAAUGUGUUUGCAAUACACGUGCAAAAUAGUUGAUAAUUGACAGUUGAUAGUAAUGAUGUCGGGCAGGGGGGCGAAAAAACGCGGGAGGCCCCCUAAAUCAGCAAGUUUUGAAAAAAAUAGGAAAUUUCAGUUCCAUUUAUUGAAAAAGCCAAAAUAUUUACAAAAUCAAAAUAUUGGAUCUGGCUCUCUUGUAAGUACUCCGUCGGCGUCCAGAGCUUCAUCUCCUCAAGGAAGCGAUAUCAGUAGACGUAGUACUAGAAAACAAAGAGGCGGAAAAACACAUAAGAGUAAAAGAGGCGGUUUAUCAAAUUCCUAUUCCCGGAGGGGAUACAAUCCUCAAGCUGCGGAAUAUCACGAAUCAGAAUAUCAUUAUGGAUCCGAUUUUGGAGACGAGUUUAGUGACCGAUCGGAGCCGGAAGAGGACCGAGCCAGCGAUAGUUCGGAGGGGAGUAUCGCGGCUGAUGGCGCAGCCAGUGAUAGUGACUUCUCUAUUACCAGUUGUAGUUCGACAGGUGGUACUCCCCGAAAAGUUAAUAGCAAUUUAAUUAGACCUCCCAGCCCUGACCCGUUGUGGCUACAAGAAGAAAGAAAAAUCCCUCCACUGGAAUUGCCCUGUUCAUCUGAUGACCUUAUUAUUCCCCAUAACUUAGUGCUGCAAGUUGUUGGUAUUUAUGAAGUGCUGCGUCACUUCAGGCAUCUUGUAAGGUUGUCACCAUUUCGGUUAGAAGAUUUGUGUGCAGCUAUAAGCUGUGAGGAUCAAAGCAACUUGCUAAUAGAAAUACAUAUAAUGUUGCUAAAGGCAUUGUUAAGAGAAGAGGAUGCACAACAAACACAUUUUGGUCCUUUAGAUCAUAAAGAUAGUGUAAAUAUUACUUUGUUUUUGUUGGAUGUUAUGACUUGGCCUGAAGUCCUGAGAGUGUAUGUUGAAAGUGAUAAAUCAUUUGACCAAAAUGUAGCAAAGAUAUUAAAUUCAUGUGAAUAUCCAUUCACAUGUGUGGAAGAUCGUGUCAAUGUGUUGCAGUUCUUGUGUAAUCAAUUUCUAAUAACAAACCCUGUUCGUGAUGACCUCAUAAGUGAAGGUCCUGUGCUAUAUGAUGACCAUUGUCGAGUUUGCCAUCGCCUUGGGGAUUUGUUGUGCUGUGAAACUUGUCCUGCAGUGUUUCACUUGGAAUGUGUUGAUCCUCCUCUUGUUGAUGUGCCUUCAGAGGACUGGCAAUGUGCCUUGUGUAAACAGCAUAAAACUGUGGGUGUGACUGACUGUCUGCCAGAUGCAGAGAAACAGGGUCUACUUUGCCGUCAUGAACAUUUGGGAUUUGAUAGACAUGGCAGAAAGUAUUGGUUUAUAGCAAGACGCAUAUUUAUAGAGGCUGAAAAUGGUGAUGUCUGGUACUAUACAACUUCACAACAAUUUCAAGAAUUCUUUCAAAGAUUAGAUGGUGAUGAAAUGGAAGCACCACUUGUGAGAGAGCUUUUAGAAAUGAAGGAAGAAAUAACUAGGCAAAUGGAUAUAACUGAAAAACUAACGAGUCAAGUGAAAGGAAACAGAAAGUCUUACUUGGAGGUGGAGAAUGCUAAUUUAAUCAAAGAGAGAAGUUUAAGAGAACAACAAAAACAUAAUGAACAUGAUCUGAGGAUAGAUGAUAGUAAAGAUGAAAAUGAAUUAUCCUUAGAUGCUGAUAGUGAUGUAGUUAAUGAAGUUACCAUCACCAGUGAUGAAACCCCGAAAGAAGAUAGUGAUGGAUAUCAAGAUUUUGAUGAUGACGAUUGUAAAAGACAAAAAAAUAAUCAACAUAGUAAAACGAAAUUAUCAACGCAAAAGAAAAAUGAUGAAGGUACUGAAAGGUUAACAAGAUUGAAAUCUAAUCAAAUUUCAAAUGGAACUUACCUUUUUAAAUUGGGAAAUGAGAAUGCAUUCAAAUCUUAUAUAAACCAGUAUACAUGCAACCCUUUAGCUUUAAACAAACCACAAAGAAAUGAAGAAAGAGACAAAAAGAGAUACAUUUCACAUAAGUUCUCUCUGUCAUCAGGACAAGAAUUCAAGUGGAUUGGAUUACUCAAUGCGACUAAACCACUGUUGGUGGCAACAUUAAGACAAACACUUCUAAACUUGGAGUCCAAUAUAGUUUUGCAAUUUAUGCAUCCAAAUUGGUCUUUGCUGAGAAAGCCAUGGGUACAAGCUGUACAGUUAUGCCAAGCACCAAGAGAUUUUGCAAGAGCUCUUUGUGUUUUACAGGCUUGUAUCAAAAGUGUAGCGUGGAUGCAGGCCUGGCAUGAACAGUUAGGUCAUGUGAGGUUAAUAAGAACCACAGCUGCAGAACGAGAAGAACGUAAGAAGUUGGACAAAAGAGAGAAAAAAGAGAGAGAUGAGGAAGAAGAAAGAUACAGAACUGCAUACAAUUUUGUAAAAUACUCAUUAGGGUUACGCCAUCAGGUAUGGAAACAAAAAGGAGAAGAAUACAGAAUUCAUGGGCAAUGGGGUUGGUUAUGGAAUUCCACCACAAGGAAAUUUAAAAAACACAAUGCAAAUCCCAAGUCAACUCUACUGAAUGGUCCUGCAAAAAUGGCUGUAAGAGUCAGGGAAGGGAACACAAUAAAAGUAUUAGCAGUUGAACCCAAAACCUAUGAAUAUCUCACAUCUGAUACUACAGAUGAAGAUGUGCUACAAAAAUUACCACCUUCGAUGCGCUACAUGAAGCUUGAAAAAGAAUGUGACGAUUUUGAAGAAAUAGAUGUAGAAAAGUCUUUAAGUUCUUCAACUCGAAGGUAUUACCCAAAAAUUGCUAGAAAAUCUAAAUUAGAUGACUUCCUUGCGCGACGUACAUAUUUGAAAUUUAUGGAAGAGAAGAAGUUAAAUAAUUUACUUGCCAAUAUAAAGAAGGAGGAGGAGGUAGAUGUAAAGAGUGAAGAAGAGAAAAAUAUAGAUGUGGAAUCUGAAGAUACUGAGAUAGACCCAACAUCCAUGUGUGAACCAACUGUUGACUUGAAGCCAAAGUUAUCCAGCAACAUAGCUAAAAAUGUUGAUGGUUUGAGAGAUCAGUACCAGAAACUGAAUCAGUUAACGAAACAUUAUAAAUGUUAUUCACCCGGCUGCAACAAAGUUGAAACAUCAGUCAAGGCUGCCAAUUUUAAAGUCAAUUGCUAUUCUCCUCUAUGUAUUGAAAAAGGAAAGUUAUUGAAUGAACUUUUAUCGGUGUUAAAAGAUGGCACUAUUAACUCAACUCAUUUACUCAAUUCAAAUGAAAACAAUAAAAUGUCAAUUUUAGAACAAUACCUUCUAGGAAAGAGUUCAAAUUCUAAAGAGAAUAUUUUAACUGAUUUACUGUCUGCGGUAGCGUGUGCACAAGAAUGUGAUAAUAAAAACACAGACUGUUUCGUAAAAAGGAAAUCUAGUGACGGGUCUGAUGGUAUUAAGCAUGAAAAGAUGGACGGUGAUCCAUCAAUGUGUCUUAUAAAAUCUGAGAGUACCUUAGAAGAAGAAGCCGUGCCUGCUGUAGGAAAUGAAAUGGACAUUGACAUAACAUCCAAUAGUUUUGAAGAAGGUGAUGUUGAAAUCGGUCCAUUGAAAGAAUUAACCGAUGGGGAAAACCACGAUCAGCAAAACGAUGGUGGUAAUGGUGAAAGUAAAUCUCGACCACCGAUACCUAAACUAAAAAUAACUCGCGGAAGAUCUAGUAAAUCUAGUAAUACUGUGACAUUAGGGUCUAGCAAUAAUGCGCGAGAUUCGUCUCAUGACUACGCAGUUACGCCAAAUAAGAAGGACGAUAAACCGAAGUACAGAGCGACUGUCAAUAGGAGAUUUGGUUUCACGCGUGGUAUGAAAAAAGAAGAUAAGACUAUAAAAGAAGAAAAGGUAGAUGGAGUGGUUAGAGUAUACUCUACUACGAUCCCCCAAGGAAAAGUGUAUCUUAAACGAGUGCAGACAUCCGCUAUAGAGAAGAAAAAGAAAAGAACACCAGUAAAAUAUCCUCUCUGUUCAUCAUUCCACACCAAAAGCAAAGCUAAAACGAUUAUGGUUUUACCGCAUCACGAAUUACGAAAGCUCUGUAGACAAUCUGGCCUCAGCUCCGUGACUGGGUUCAGUCAUAGCGCAAAGCCUAACCAGUCGGUGUGGCCGUACCCCUGCGCCAGGCCGCUGUUCAAGACGUGCUGGCUGUACCGCACCGUGAACCUGCAGUGGCACCAGCUAACGACGGACACUGAAAUAGUUUCACUAGAAUUACUGAAACACCGACAUAUAGGACAAUUUUCAGAGCGAACGCAAUAUCUUCGUCGAAAAGUUGUCAUACCUCUGGAAUUACCCAAAACAGUUCGUGAAGUUACGUCAAUACGCAGUGGAUUGAGAAAGCGUAAGCGCGCGGAGUCCCCGCAGAACACGGAGCCCCAGGUGUCAGAGGAGUGGGUGGACGAGGACAAACUAGAACUGUGGGAGGUGCGUCAGUACGGCGAGCGCGCAGACCGCGUGACGCCUGUGACGCGACAGACGACCGGCAAACUGCCGCAGAGAAACAUCGCGCCGACGCCGCCCAACGCCGCAGACCUUAAAGACAAGAUGGAACAGCAGUUGCGCGAUCAACGAGUCGCUCACCAACAGAAGAGAGCUUUAGAAAUGUCCCAAGAUAAACUAAAGACGCCAAACCAAAAUUCUGGAAAAAGCACUUUGACAUCCUUGUUAACUACUAACGCAACAACUCCAGUUGGUCAGAAAACUGUCAUCGGCACGAGAAGAAUCAUCAUGACUAAAGGUGCAGAUGGUACCACCCGCGUGAUUAGUCAGCCCGUAACAGGUGUGACGAAAACGCUGGCCACGGGAGAUUCCACAAAACCACCAAAUACUCCGAAGGACGGACCACAAAAAGUUCAAAUAAUCCGAGCUCCCGACGGCAAGAUAACUGUUCGAGGUUUGCUUGCCGGGCAGCAGCUGAUACAACUGCCGGAUGGGAAGUUGCACGUCGUUAUGGCAGGACAACAAGGUGUAACCGGACAGUUGGUGGCAACAUCGUCUAUGACCAAGACGACGGAGCCCGAUAGCUCAACUAAAGAUAAUACAGACAAGAUACCUAUCGCACCGAAAACUUGUGCAGAAGAAACGAAGACGUCUAUCGCAAAUCGCAUAGUGAGCCAACCGACACAGGUUCAGCAGAGCAUCGUGCAGGGCGGCCGGCAGAUAGUGAUGCAGCUACCCCUAAUGCUGUGUGUAUUUCAGGUGAUGCAGACGAGCAGCGGGCCGAGCAUCGUGCUGCAGGGCCUGCACGGCUACUCGCUGUCGCCGCAGCAGCUCGCCCUCGUGCAGCAUCAGGUCAAGCAGCAGCUGUUGAAAGCCCAGGAGGCGACGGGGAAGCAGGGCAUGCUGGGGCCCAGGAAGAUGUACCUGGCCGUGCACCCCUCGCCCAACGCGGCGGCCGGCGCGCUGCCGGCAGUGGCGGCCGUGGCGGCGCCGCCCACUCUGCAGCCGCUGCAGCCGCUGCAGCCGCUGCAGCACAUCCAGCAGCUGCAGCACUUCCAGCCGCUGCAGCCGCUGCAGGCGCUCUCGCUGCCCGCGCACCAGGACGGUAAUGAAGAAGACCGUACAAAACGUCAGUCCUUAGUGAACGGCGAGGACAAGGUGGCAGUGGCCGCCAGCCACAAGGAGGCUAUGCCCUCUAAGCCUGAAGAUAUACCGGAGAAUAAUACUAAAACAGACAUUGUUAACUCUGUACACGACGGCGUGCAAGCCAAUAAAUUUAUUUUAACUCCAGACUAUAUACAGCAGACAAUAAAAAGUGCACUGAAGCAAGAAAACCUAAACCCAGAGAUCGAAGAGAAACUCUUGCAGCUGCAGCGAUACCAGGAGAAGCAGAUGAAGCCGGAGUCGCAGCCGGAGGAGCUCUACUGUCUCUGCCGGCAGCCCUACGACAAUUCACAAUUCUACAUAUGUUGCGAUAGAUGCCAGGACUGGUUCCAUGGGCGCUGCGUCGGCAUCCUGCAGUCGGAGGCGGACAACAUCGACGAGUACGUGUGCCCCAACUGCCAGAAGAACAACUCUGUCAACUACGCAAACAUGAAGGAACUCACCGCAAAAGACUUUGAAAACUUAAAGAGGCUCGUUAAACAAAUACAAUUGCAUAAAAAUGCGUGGCCAUUCAUGGAGCCUGUGGAUCCAAGGGAGGCUCCUACGUAUUACAAAGUAAUAAAGGAACCCAUGGACUUGCAGACGGUGGAAAGAAAAGUGAAUGAACAAACUUACAGUACAUUAAGUGAAUUUAUCGGUGAUAUGACUAAAAUAUUCGACAACUGUCGAUACUUCAAUCCGAAAGACUCUGAGUUUUAUCGUUGUGCGGAAGGCCUGGAAGCGUACUUUGCACAAAAAAUCAAAUAUUUCCGCGAGAAACUAUUCGAGACGACGCAAUGAUAGUGGCAGUGUACAGUGUAGAAGUUUGGCUGCGGCCCGACGGUAAGCGACUAUUGUAAUGCAAAUGAACUCAUGAUCUGCGCCGGUUGUAAAUUUAAAAAUUGUGAUGACAAAGAAUUAUAUGAUGGUAAUAUUGCGUACGUCAGACUCAUUUUAAGUAUUUAUUGUAUUUAUUAUGGAAUGCUUCACAAUUAUAUCCAACAAGAAAGCUGACGCUCGAUAUGAAUUAAGCUCUUCGCAGAAGAAUGAUUAUGUAUACAGUUUUGUGAAAAUAAUUAAGUUAGCUGAUAUAACUUAGCAUGUUUAGUUUUGUAUUAGUUACAUAGACUAAGUAAACAUUAUUAUAUUUAAGAAAUAAAGUUUUAAUAAUAACAUCUUUA